CCGAGGAGCUGGGGGAGUGGGCGGGGCUUAGCGCCCCGCUCGGCGCUGGUGGCGGUGGGUGCAGGGAUGCGACCUUCGGCCCCGCUCCGCGGCUGACCUUUGACCUCCGCGUGGGAGCGCCGCGGCGACCGCGGCUAUAGCAACGGCCAUGGAAGAAGAAGGCAACGGCACCAGCCUUGAGGCCAUGCCAGCAAGUGGAAUUCUUCAGUUUGUAGAAGACAGAAUACAGAGUACAAUGCUGACUGGAAUCGCCAUUGGAGCUGCAGUUGCACUGUUCCUGAUAGGAAUUGUUGUGUUUGUCAUUUACAGAAGAGUGAAACAAUCCAAACAGCUUCAACCACAUGUCCGCCAGUACAGAUUUCGCAAGCGAGACAAAGUGAUGUUCUAUGGGAGGAAGAUCAUGAGAAAGGUUUCGACUCUUCCCAACACUCUGGUUGGGAACACUGUGCCUCGCCAAAGGAUGAGGAAACGGGCCAAAGUUUUAAAUUUGGCUAAAAGGAUUCUGCGUAUUAAGAAAGAAUGUCCAACUCUGCAGCCAAAAGAGCCACCUCCCUCUCUGCUGGAGGCAGACCUGACAGAAUUUGAUGUAAAGAAUUCUCAUUUGCCAUCGGAAGUCCUUUACAUGCUUAAAAAUGUUAGGGUUCUUGGUCACUUUGAGAAGCCCCUUUUUCUGGAAUUGUGCAAGCACAUGUUUUUUGUGCAGCUGCAUGAAGGAGAAUACAUCUUCCGUCCUGGGCAGCUGGAUAACAGCAUCUAUGUUGUGCAAGAUGGAAAGCUGGAAGUGUGCGUUCAAGAAAGUGAUGGCACAGAAGUGAUUGUUAAGGAGGUGCUGGCAGGAGACAGUGUCCACAGUCUUCUCAGCAUUCUAGAUGUCAUCACGGGUCACCCUGCUCCAUACAAAACAGUCUCAGCCCGGGCAGCCACUCCGUCCAACAUACUGCGACUGCCAGCGAGUGCCUUUCAAGAUGUCUUCCAGAAAUAUCCUGAAACUCUUGUUAGAGUGGUGCAGAUCAUCAUGGUGAGGCUGCAGAGAGUGACUUUCCUUGCCUUGCACAACUACCUUGGGCUGACUACUGAGCUCUUCAAUUGUCAGAACCAAGCUAUCCCACUGGUCUCUGUGGCAAGUGUCACAUCUGGAGGAAGUUCAAGUAAAGCAGUAAAAAGACAAACGUCCAGUGUGUCAGAGGAGGAGCGUGGAGAGAAGUUUGAGAAAGCUGGGGAAGCAUCAGAAAUGGAUCCAUUGAGGAUUUCUGGUACAGAAAACCCUGAGCAUAUUUUCAGGAGAAGCCUUUCUUCACCCCCCUCUACAGAGACUUCUGGUACUUCCAGCGGUGCGAAGUCAGACAUGGACAUGGCAUAUGAGAGAGCCAGAGUGCACUUCAGCCCGGAGGAGGCUUACAGCAGUCCUGCUGUGGGCAAGUCCAUAUUGAAGAAGACUGUGACGGUGACAAGAACUCCUUUAGCAGUGUUCCAUUACACUGAUCGUGAGCUUGCUGCACAGGAAUCCUCUAAUAGCAAACCCAUCGAUGCCAUCCUCGAAGCAGCGAAGAAAGACCUUUCAACCCUGAUGAAACUUGAUGAUCCUUCCUUACUGAAUGACAGAGUGACACUGCAUCAGGUUACUGCUGGGACUGUGCUGUCAAGGCAGGGAGAUCAGGAUGUUAAUGUUUGCUUUGUGGUCUCGGGGAUGCUUCACGUGUACCAACAGAAGAUCGACUCUGAGGAGGACACCUGCCUGUUCAUUACUCACCCAGGAGAACUCGUGGGCCAGCUUGCUGUUCUCACUGGGGAACCACUGAUUUUCACCAUCAAGGCCAAUCGAGACUGCAGCUUCCUGUCUAUUUCCAAGUCCCACUUCUACGAGAUAAUGCGAGAGCAGCCAAGCGUUGUGCUCGGCGUGGCCCACACUGUUGUAAAGAGAAUGUCCCCAUUUGUGAGGCAAAUUGACUUUGCCCUGGAUUGGAUGGAAGUUGAGGCUGGACGAGCUGUAUACAGGCAGGGUGACAAGUCAGACUGCACUUACAUCGUCUUGAACGGACGACUGCGCUCCGUCAUACGGAUGGAUGAUGGAAAGAAGCACCUGACUGGUGAAUAUGGCCGAGGAGACUUAAUUGGAGUGGUAGAGGCAUUAACCCAUCAGCCUAGAGCCACAACAGUUCAUGCCGUCAGAGACUCAGAACUUGCCAAACUCCCAGAGGGAGCCCUGACAUCUAUCAAACGCAAAUUCCCCCAGGUUGUGACUAGACUUAUUCACUUGCUGGGCGAGAAGAUCCUUGGCAGCCUUCAGCAGGGAGGCCAUCCUUUUGGAUUGCACAGCUCCAGCAGCAAGUGGGAUGCCGGAAAUCCUGCCAGCAAUCUCUCCACAAUAGCAAUUAUGCCAGUGUCUGAAGAGGUGCCACUUACUGCUUUCACUCUGGAACUCAAGCAUGCUCUCAGUGCUGUGGGUCCUGCCUUGCUGCUCACAAGCGACAACAUCAAACAGCGGCUGGGUUCUGCUGCUCUGGAUAGUAUCCAUGAGUACCGACUGACGAGCUGGCUGGGCCAGCAGGAGGACAUCCACCGCAUCGUCCUCUACCAGGCAGACAGCAGCCUUACUCCAUGGACUCAACGCUGCAUCAGGCAGGCUGACUGCAUCUUGAUAGUAGGGCUGGGAGACCAGGAGCCCACUGUUGGAGAGCUGGAGAGGAUGCUGGAGAACACAGCGGUCCGAGCCCAGAAGCAGCUGAUUCUGCUCCAUAAGGAGGAUGGACCUCUCCCAUCCCGAACUGUGGAAUGGCUCAAUAUGAGGAGCUGGUGUUCUGCACAUCUUCAUAUCCACUGCCCACGAAGAGUGUUUUCCAAAAGAAGCUUGCCAAAGCUGAUAGAGAUGUAUGAGCGUGUGUUCCAGAAGCCACCUGACCGCCACUCGGACUUCUCUCGCCUGGCUCGUGUUCUGACUGGAAAUGCCAUUGCUCUGGUCCUAGGAGGUGGGGGAGCCAGGGGAUGCUCCCAGGUCGGGGUUAUCAGGGCGCUGAUUGAAGCUGGCAUCCCCGUGGAUAUGAUUGGAGGAACGUCCAUCGGUGCCUUCAUGAGUGCUCUGUACGCAGAAGAACGCAGCUACAAUCAGAUGAGGAUCAAAGCCAGGCAGUGGGCCAUGGUUAUGAAUUCAGUGUUUAAGACUAUUGUAGACUUGACGUAUCCAAUAACCUCAAUGUUUUCUGGAGCAACUUUUAACAACAGCAUCAGCAACAUCUUCAAGGAUAAACAGAUUGAGGAUCUGUGGAUUCCUUACUUCACGAUCACAACUGACAUCACUGCCUCAGCAAUGAGGGUCCACACUGAUGGCUCUCUGUGGAGGUACAUCCGUGCCAGCAUGUCUCUCUCUGGAUACAUGCCCCCGCUCUGCGACCCGAAGGACGGGCACCUCCUGAUGGAUGGGGGUUACGUCAACAACCUGCCUGCUGAUGUGGCGAGGUCCUUGGGUGCUAAGGUGGUGAUAGCCAUCGAUGUGGGGAGCCGGGAUGAGACCAACCUCACCAACUAUGGCGACUGCUUGUCUGGCUGGUGGCUGCUCUGGAAGAGGUGGAAUCCACUGGCUGAGAAAGUCAAGGUGCCAAACAUGGCAGAGAUCCAAACACGGCUCGCCUACGUGUGCUGCGUGCGGCAGCUGGAGAUGGUGAAGAGCAGCGACUACUGCGAGUACAUCCGGCCCCCCAUCGACCGCUACGGCACGCUGGAUUUUGGGAAGUUCGAUGAAAUCUGUGAAGUGGGAUAUCAGCAUGGGAAAACUGUAUUUGGUGUCUGGUCCAGGACCGGCGUCCUUGACAAGAUGCUACGAGACAGACAAGAGACUUACAAAACCAAAACUUCUGAUAACGUGACCUAUCCCAGCACCUCUUUCACGGAUCUGGCAGAAAUUGUGUCCAGGAUUGAGCCAGUGAAAGCUGCCGUGGCUGAUGAUGAGUCAGACUACCAGACUGAGUACGAGGAAGAAGUUCUGGACAACCAGAAGGAUGAUUAUAUUCAUUUCAUACGGAACCAGGCUGAAGACGAAACUGACUCGGAUGAAGAUGUGCAGAUAAGAAAGCGCAAGAAUCUCCCAAACGCAGACUGCCAGGCAAGCAGCACGGGAGAGCCAGCCUAGCACCGAGUGCAACAGCUGCAUCUUGUUUGUAUUUACAUACAUUAAAAAAAGAAAACAUCUAGAUGAGAUUAAGCAAGCUUUCGCCUUUCUCCAGGCAGGGUGUGUGGCAUCCAGCUGCCAGCACAAAGCACCAGCUCUGGGCUGUGCUGGCACAAUGGCUGGUCCUUCAUCACUCUGGGACUGGCAGAGUGGGAACAUGCUGGGGAUGUGCAGUCCGUGCUGCCUUUGGCUGCUGCGUGUUUUAGUUACUGGUUUUACUGCGAGGCCCAAAGGAUCAUUGAACGUCGUCCUCCCGUGUCCCUUGAUGAAAGGCUCCAUGCAGCUGCAUUGGAGAGAGGAGGGGAUUUGCAGAGCAUCACUGCUUACUUUUCACAUGAAUCAGGUAACUGUAAUUAACUGCUCAGUGAGUUGCAGUCAGGUACCUGGGAGCAGUGCUCUGACUGGAGCCACUCUGAAUGUAUUUAACUUCCAAUCUCAAGCCAAGAAAUCAAUUAACGUGAACACUAGCUAUGAAGCGUGUAUCCUUAAGCCAUCAACAGAACAUUUACAGACAAAUCGUAGUGCUGACUUUUGCCAGGCAACUCUGGAGUCCCUGCUUGGCUGUAUUUGCCCUGGCAAAUAAAGUUAUUCUGCUGGAUUUAAAUGCCUGUGUGGUUGUUGGCAGGUUUCUCUCUGUGGGACCCAGUGCCAGUCAGGUUAUGUUAAGAGUUGGUAUUCUGACUUCUGGUUUUGAGCACAGAAAGCUGCCAGAAUGUGAGGAAGCUCAGCAUCCCCACUCCCUCCAUUGUGCUGGUGAAUGUGCAACCCUCAUUCGGGACAGCAGUUCCUCUGUCACAAAAAAUGACAGCAGGUUGUUUCCUGCUAUUGAAAGGAAUGCGUUUUUUCAAAUAAAACUCUAAAUGGCUUUUGAGGUGGAGGUGGAGUUGGGGAUAAUUCUGGUUGAGAUCGGUGGUGCUCAUAUCUGUUAGAGGAAA